CUGAUCGUCUCCUUCCUCAUACGCCAUACACGAUUGUAUAUACUGCAAAAUAUCUUGCAAUCGCCUUUUCCUUUCCUGCGUUUUCCGUGCCUUCACUCUAGCCCUUAUCGCUUUAUUUUGCAUUCAGCCCUCGUCACAUGUCGCCUGCCUCACCGUCCGACCCCAACAGGGCCUACUGGGCCUUUGCCGCCCUCGGACCCUUCGCUCUUUAUGGAAUUUUUGUUGGGAUUCUGGGCAUUCCUUUCUUUCAAAGACAGGCCCUUUACGCUCAUAAAAUCCAUACCCUAUGGUGGAACGAUGUCAAAGACCCAGAGAAAUGGGGUUUCGCCAAGAACCAGGUGACUCCCUUCACGUUGCCCACCAGCGAUGGGGUGACGCUAUACUUGUGGCACAUAUUACCCUUGGCCACCUAUACACAGAAUGAGACUACUUUCUUGCGGGCAUCACGAGUUGCCUUGGACAAAUACACGUCAUCGGACGCAUUUCGUAUCCUGAGAGAUGAUCCAGAAGCCCGCCUGAUUCUCUCGUUUCACGGAAACGCGGGUCACAUAGCCCAGAACACCCGCGCACCACAAUUCCACAUGCUGAGCAACACGCAUCCGAAGUGGCACGUCAUAUCUCUCGACUACCGCGGCUUCGGCCACAGCAGUGGUGCGCCCAAUGAAGAAGGCCUCAUCACCGACGCCUCUACGCUCGUAGAGUUCGCGCUCACCAUCCUCAACAUCCCGCCCUCCCGCAUCCUGCUCCUGGGCCAGAGCCUUGGGACAGCUGUGGCCGCAGCAACGGCAGAGAAGUUCUCUUGCGAGAAGGGCAUCGAGUUCGCGGGCGUAGUCCUUGUCGCGCCCUUCUCAAGCCUCCCGACAAUGCUGGCCAAUUACUCACUCGGUGGGGUCGUGCCGUUGUUGAGACCGCUACGCAUUGUCCCGCCAUUGUUGAGGGGCGUCCUACGCUUUGUGGUGGACAAAUGGAAGUCAUUGGAUAGGCUUUCUGCCUUGGCAGAGCAGACGAGGAAGAGAGGUGGAAGGUUGAGACUGAGUCUUGUGGCCGCUGCCGACGAUUGGGACAUCCCAUGCGUGGAAAGCGUCAAGAUCUUUGAGGCAGUAGCGAGAGCGAGUAUUGCGGAUGGUCCAGGGAUGGACGAAAGGCGGUUUUUGGAGAUGAAGGACGAGCGGACGGAUGUCAGGGGGAAGAAGGCGUUCAAGAUCACAUGGCAGGGCGAGGGAGAUGUGGUCAUCACGCAUGAGCAGUUUGCAUAUGGAGGGCACAACGACAUCAUGGUCUACGCGCCAGUCAAUCAAGCCAUCAUGGCUGUCUUCGGGACAUGACGCAAAGAUCAACUCGACUCUUACCGGGGAAACGGUACGAAGACGUGCGGCCCCCUUCCUUGCUGUGGUAAUGACUUGUAUCUGCAGUAAUGGAUCGAUCUCCACCGAGACGCUAGGUCGUGUUGGCAAGGACACAUCUAGUGGCGCCAAUGAGCAUGAGAUCGUGGUAGAACUCAACCACUAUGAAAUCUAUGCUCUGCUGUCAGCGGAAGGUGGUCGUCGGUGUUUGGUCCUCACUGGCAUAUUCGUGUGAGAGCAUUGUCUUACCGGCCAUCCCGGGUCGCAUUACUGAUAGGUCACUAUUAAAAAUGGCUCACAGUC